GUCAGCCCUUAUUGGAGCAAUAGCUUAUGCAUUAUUAAUAAGUUUUAUAAUAAGAAUUGUUUCACGCUUAUGGUGAUUCCAUUCACAUGAAAUAACUAAAAUUUGCUAGUGGUCAACAAUUGGUCAUAUUCUGUCUUUUUAUAUGCUAAAUUAAAUACGAACAUUAUUCAAUUCCUGAUUUCAGUUUCGGUUUAUAUUCUAUGCAUAUAUUUUGUCGAGUUUAUCAGCUUUUAAACAUUUAUUAACGCACAGCACAUUAUCAUGAAAACUGAUUGCAUUGAUGUAAUACAUUUUAUUAACUCUGUUGCCUAUGAAUAAAUAAAUUCUAUUAGCGAAAAAGCGUUAAUAAGCCAUUUAAAGCUAUUUACAACAAAGGCGAUGCAUUACUUAUAAUCACUAAUAAUAUCCUAUAAUAACUAACGACCAAAACUAUUAUCCUGGGGACUGGACUCCAAUAAGUAACUUUACCUUAUAAAAACCUUACGAAAAAAGGAUUACUACAACCAGAGAAAAAAUAUCGCCAAAAACCUCUUAAGGUUAUCUUGUUCCAAUUGUGCGGUGGCUUGACCAAGGAAAAAUAAUAGUAUUUUUYAUGGAAUAAUUUUCCAUGAAAACAUAGAGGCUAGACGCUCUUUUUGACACAAUGAAAUGCGGUUUAGUACAAAUACCUAUUUUUGAGUCAGAAGAUAAUUUCGCGAAAAGAAAUUUCCAACCACAAUAUUCCAAGUUAUAACGUUUUCUCCAUUUGGAGAUUCCGGCUCUCCAGUGCCAGUCCACUAUUCUCGAUCUUGUCUGUGAAACGCCCAUCUCAGCUCUGCUUGCUGCUUCCAAGAAUAAUACCUCGAGGCUUCUCGAAGCUGUACUCGCUACUAAAGAUCUAGUUUCAUCAAGGUAGAUCUCGAAAAUGUUUCAAUUCAAGUUUGCAGUUACGAUGUUACGCAGGAAAUUGAUUCUAGACAGCAAUUCGCACCUAUAAAGAGUAUCAAGAUAGUUUUAAUAGCUCUCCUCGCUGCUUCCACCGAACACUGGAACUGUUGGAACUGUUGUAUUUUCUACUGGAGAUCUAGUUUCGAUCAAGCGAAUGCAUAGUGAUGACUUACGUCCACAUCUUCACGUCUAAAUACUGAAGGAUGGAGGAAGAAGAGAGAAAUCACUGCUGUCUGGCACUACUGCUGUAUAGGGUUGGAAUAAGUAAAGURCGUCGGUUUUUCAUAGGUGAAUGGGAUAAUUCUCGAGGGAGGUUUGCUCAAUGGACUGACUGCCACCAGAACGGAGCUGAUUUGUUGACAAAGUUCAAUCCACUUCGGUAUGAAAGAGCUAAAGUCCARUCWGGUGACACCAGUACUUGGGAUAUGUCUCUCUUCGUCAAAGUUCUUUUGAGUUCAAGACCUCCAUUUGUGCCCCCUUCCAACAUACUCGUAGUCAAUGCAUUGAUAUGUUUGAGAGAAACAAGAAAUAAACUUGCUCAUGCACCCGAUGGAAAAAUAGCAUCCACAGAAUUUGACGACCUUUAUAAAGAUGCAUGCGCGGCACUGACAUUGUUYGGUUGUACGCAAAAUGAAUUUGACUUAGUUAAAAGAGAUGUCCAACAACUGGCAUGGAAUGAACUCUUUAAUKUGAUGAAUGAUUGUGCAUCAAAAGACGAUGAAAUCCUACAACAAAUUAAUACUGUAAAGGACAGACUUGAUGACAUACAGCAAGGACAAGGWGCAAUAGGUCAAGCAAUUGAAGACAUACGACAAGAAUUGGCAGUGCUUAACCAAUGGGGCCUGCCAGCUGAACAACAAGGACAACAAGCACGCACUGAGAUCCCUAUACGUGGUGCUAUUAAAAUCUUGACGACAGGGGGACUAGUUCUGUCAUUUGCUGCUGGAAGUGCAUAUUUCUUGAAUCUCUACAAGGAUGAUCCAAAUACGAUUAUUCGUUUAGUCCAGGGCGCCAUUGUUCCAGCUACAGUAGCAACUGGUUUGGCUGUAAAAAAUAUACUCCAGGGGUCCUUCAUAAUUGUGGUCGAAGUGUCCACUGUGCAGGCUCUAGAUGCACUGUGGGAAAGUUAUGUGGAUGGUGAACUCAAAAAGAGUCUGGAAGCAGUAAUCAUUACCGAUGAGUUAUACAAUCUGGCUCCAGAAAAUACAAAACAAGUGGAGAUCGUCGUAACGAUCUCUGCAGAUGAUUACAGAAAAGCACGUCAUAAUAUGAUUGAAAUUAUCCAGAAAUCUCCAAAAGGUGAAUAUUACAAGGUGAACAAAUAUCAUGAAAAGAGCCUAAGUAUUGCUGAAGAGACUGGUAACAGACAGGGAGAAGAAAUUAGUAACGGAAAGUUAGGAAGUGCCUAUCAAUCACUUGGGAAAUAUCACAAACCCAUCGAAUAUCAUGAAAAGACACUAAGCAUUGCUAAAGAGAUUAGUGAGAGAGAGGGAGAAGGAGUCAGUUACGGAAACUUAGUAAGUACCUAUCAAUCACUUGGGAAAUAUCGCAAGGCCAUCGAAUAUCAUSAAAAGAGCCUAAGCAUCGCUAAAGAGACUGGUAACAGGGAGGGAGAAGGAGUCAGUUACGAAAACUUAGGAAAUGCCUAUCAAUCACUUGGGGAAUAUCACAAAGGCAUCGAAUAUCAUGAAAAGAGCCUUAGCAUUGCUAAAGAGAUUGGUAACAGAAAGUAAGAAGGAAUCAGUUCCGGAAACCUAGGAAAUGCCUAUCAAUCACUUCGGGAAUAUCACAAAACCAUCGAAUAUCAUGAGAAGAGGCUAAGCAUUGCUAAAGAGUUUGGUGACAGAGAGAGAGAAGGAAUCAGUUACGGAAACUUAGGAAGGGCCUAUCAGUCACUUGUGGAAUAUCA